CCAGCAGCACGUGCGGUGCAACGUUUCGCGCACACACCCCCCCCUCGUGACGUCAGCCAGGCCACGGGCUGCCGGGGCAGCUCAUUGCUACGACAAGCCAGCAGGCGGCAGGCGGCAAGCUGCCGCUACUUGCCACCGCUAGUGUCUAGGAAGCUAGGCUUGAAAGCAGCAGCAACAACACCACCACCACCACCAACAUCGUGGUUCAUUGAUUCCGUCCUCCGCCGAUUUGUCACGGCGGUCUCCAGCGUUUGCCGGCCGGAGCACGUGGGGGUUGACUGGCGGUGGCCACGCCGGUUGUACGACUGUAGAGGGUCCGGUGGUGCUGGUGGUGGCGUUAAUUACCGAUUUGGAAGCCUUUCACACCCCCCCCACCAUCCACCCCGCUACAUGGCUAAGCAUGCUUCGUCUACUCGGGAUACCGGGCGAUGUGCGUCUGUGGCUGGGGUCCCUGUCGUGUUCACGGCCUCGUCCCAGCUGUGGCUGUGGCUGCUGAUCGCCGUGGCCUUGCCGGGGCCGCUCGCCUUGGCAGCCGCAGCGCCAGGCGAGUGGACUGCUUGCUUGGAUACACAGUUCCAGUGCCGUAACGGACGGUGCGUGACUCUCACCUGGCGCUGUGAUGGUGACCUCGACUGCCCAGACAACAGUGACGAGGAAAACUGCCCGAAGCACACCUGCUCUGAGCGCGACUUUGUCUGCGGCAACGGCGACUGCAUCCCUCUGCGAUGGCUGUGCGACGGAGACGUGGACUGCGUGGAUCGUUCGGACGAAUCGCAGGAGCAUUGCAGCCACCGGACAUGCCUCACCACUGACUUCAGCUGCGGGGGCAUCGUGGCCCAGUGCAUACCCCAGGCGUGGCGAUGUGACCACGAAACCGACUGCAAGAACGGUGCCGACGAGCUGGACUGCGGCAACGUGACAUGCUUGCCGGACGAGUUCACCUGCGCCAACCACAAGUGCCUGGCAGGCCGCUUGCGCUGUGACCGCGAUGACGACUGUGGCGACGGCUCUGACGAGCUGGGCUGCCCCCAGCUCACGUGCGGCCCUCACGAGUUUGCCUGUGCCGACCUCCAGCAGUGCAUGCCCCGCCGCUGGGUUUGUGACAAAGAUCCCGACUGCCAGGAUGGCUCUGACGAGUGGGCGCAGCUGUGUGAUAAGGUGUCGGGCAACCCAGAGUCGAUGGCGACGCCGGACUGCGAGGCGAACGGCUACCGCUGCGGCAGCGGGGAGUGCGUGCACGGCAGCUGGAAGUGUGACGGUGCAGAAGACUGCAAGGACGGCAGCGAUGAGCACGGCUGCCAAUACCAGGCGUCGAUGGGGACGUGCCGCCCGGGCGAGUUUCCCUGCGUCAACGGCUCUGUGUGCGUCCCUGCGUUUAACUUGUGCGACGAGCGACUGGACUGCCCUGACGGGAGCGACGAGGCUCGAUGCCCGCCCAACGCGACGGACUCUUGUGAACCGGGCCAGUUCCAGUGCGGCACCAAGGACUGCAUCGCCGCGAGCAACGUGUGCGACGGUGUCGCUCACUGCAGGGAUGGCUCUGACGAACACAGCGAGAAGUGCGGUGUUAACGAGUGUUUGGUGAAAAAUGGUGGAUGUACCUCGAUUUGUCGGGACCUCCUGAUUGGCUACGAGUGUGCCUGUCAGCCGGGCUUCAAGCUCAUGCCCUCUGGGAAUUGCAUCGCUGAAGACUGUGAACCGGACCAGUUCGUGUGCGGCAGCAAGGAGUGCAUCGACCCCGCCAAGGUGUGCGACGGCACCAGCCACUGCAGGGAUGGCUCUGAUGAACCCAGCAGCCAAUGUGGGGUGAACGAAUGCCUGCACGACAAUGGAGGAUGCGCUUCGAUCUGCCAGGAUCUCAAGAUUAGCUACGAGUGCCAGUGUCUGCCGGGAUUUCAGCUCGUGGAUGGGAAAGUCUGCGUAGACGUGGACGAGUGCCAGCGUGUGGGCACGUGCAGCCAGGUGUGCGUGAACCUCAAGGGAGGCUUCAAGUGCGAGUGUCUCAACGGCUACCUCCUGGACCCCAAGACUGGCGUCUGCAAGGCUCUCGGCAAGGAACCGUACGUGAUCUUCACGAACCGCCACGACAUCCGCAAGCUGGACACGGCACGCAACGAGUACUCGCAGGUGGUGCCACGCACGCGCAACGCGGUGGCACUGAGCGUGCACGUCUCCAACAACACCAUCCUGUGGUCUGACCAACACCAGAAGCUCAUCCUCAGCGCUGUGAUCGGCAAGGCCAGUGACUCGAAGAACCACGCGGUGGUGAUUGAGCAAGGCUUGAGCUUUGUGGAGGGAUUGGCGGUGGACUGGAUCCACAACACCCUCUACUGGUCCGACUCUGGCUUCAAGACCUUGUCGGUGGCCACGAUGGACGGGCGGCGGCGCAAGUUGUUUGACAGCGGCCUGCAGGAGCCGCGUGCUAUCGUGGUGGACCCCAUCGCUGGAUGGCUUUACUGGUCUGACUGGGGCGAGCCGGCAAAGAUUGAGAAGGCCGGAAUGAAUGGUGCCAACCGGCACGCGAUCGUCACCCACGACAUCCAGUGGCCAAACGGCAUCGCUCUCGACUUGGCAAACCGCCGUCUCUACUGGGUGGACUCGAAGCUGCACACGCUCUCCAGCGUCGACAUGUCUGGGCAGGACCGUGUUACAGUGCUCGCAUCCUACAGUGAUCUCCUGCACCCGUUCUCGAUUGCUGUAUUCGAGGACAAGGUGUACUGGACGGAUGGUGAAGAGGAGGCCAUAUUCAGCAUGAACAAGUUCACAGGCAGUGGACGGCGUGUGCUUGCUGAAAACCUUCACAGCCCCCAGGACAUCGUGGUGGUGCACCCCCUCGCGCAGCCCAGCGGCCCCAAUCGGUGCGAGGGCAGUGGCUGCGAGUAUCUCUGUCUGCCGGCACCAAAGGUCGAUGCUGCAUUGCCGCUCUUCUCCUGCGCUUGUGCCGACAAUUCCCAUCUCAACCCCGACGGAAAAACCUGCAGCGCCGCCGUCGGCGUGGUGUCCACUGCAGCGCGACCGACCAUCAACGCCGAGAAUGCGCCAAUCCCAGGUGCCGCAGUUGGCCCAGGUAGUACGGCUGCCAUGCCCACCAUGGAAACAACUGCCCCCAUCAUCCCCACCCUGCCUACAGGCAACAGGGGCUGGCUGGAGGCCUGGCUGUCGACGGAAGCUCCGUCAAUUGCCACCAACGCGGAAUCGGAGGGUGGCUCUGCCUCCACGGUGGUCGGGGUUCUCAUCCCGUUGGCGAUCUUGGCCAUGGUGUGUGUGGCUGGCUUCUACCUUUGGCGGAACUGGAAGUUGAGAAACACCAAGAGCAUGAACUUUGACAACCCCGUGUAUCGAAAGACGACCGAGGACGACGACUUUGCGCUGGACCACAACGCGUCGCUCGGCCCCUCUGUGGGCCACGUCUACCCGCCGCUGCCCUGAUUGUCGCUGCUCUAUUCCCAGCUGAUGGCGGUGAGCACAGAAGACGACGAGUGAAGAGCGACACGUUCUCCUGUGGCUGUCGGCAGUGAGAUGGCCGUAUCGAUUCAACCCCCCCCCCCCCCCCCAUACACCUCCAACCUUAACAACAAAGCACUGGUGUUUGUGUUCAUGUUUUUUUUAUGUUGCACUAGCAGGAAGGAAGUUUGUCCCUUUUUUGUUGAAUAACUUGGUUGAAAAAGGAACUUGGAUUCGGGUAAAUCUUCUCCAUUUGCUAAUGUCCUGCACAAUUUGUCUACCAAUUAUAUAUAUAUACCCAGCUGGCUGGAACAUUGACGCUGUGUAAACUAAUUUCAUGCAACAAAAACAAAUCUGCCUCUUUCCCCCAAUUGUUUUUUUUCUUUCCAGGUAAACAAAUUGUGCAAUUUGAAGGCUCCGUCAGGUGCCUUUCUAGGGGCUGGGAUGCAAGGUGCACGAGUUCUGAGCCAUGUCCACGAGGAAGGGGAAAAACUUUAAAUGCCACCGAACCAAUCCCACACGAAGAGGGCAAUUCCAAUCUACAGCAAACUCGGUCGGCACAUCCCAUGCUAGAGAAUUUAACUCCUGCAUAGGUUUUCACUUGGGCCUUGUGGCUCCUGCGUGUUUUGUGGCUUUUAUUGGAUUGAACCUUGUGCGUUUUUGGCACUGUCCGUUUCACUCAGUAUGCCUGUGAGCCUCUUUUUAAUCCAUUCUGGACGCUUCCCAGCCUGUGGGGGUGCAUUUGACAUGAAAUCCAUGUGGUGCAACCUAAGAUCACGAACUAAAAGCAUGCCAAUGCAUCUUCUAUUGCUAGUUUACAAAAAUACAAUUUCUCCCCCCCCCCCCCCCCCUUACGUUGAGGUUGAUUCUCGUUUGGUACAGUAUUAUGAGACUUGUCUUGCAGUAGCCUCCUGAAUUCUUGUACCUCCCUUUCAGCUAUAAAUUGAAUGGCUUGUCUUUUGCUCUCAAAUGCACGUAGUUUUUCUGGUGCUAGCAUGUCCCUGUGGCACCCUCCCCUCCUGAUGCCAAUGCAACAACAAUCUUACAACUGGAGAACCUUUCUCAAUUACAUUGUUUUGUACACACAAGCUGCAAAUGCCUUGGGCUGGUACACCCCAGUGUGCAUUGCAGCGGUCAACCCCAUCAUAAUUGCAGUCAGUGGUGGCUUGCAACUUCAGGUUGGGAGGCUUGGUCGUUCUACCUAGAGGUUUUUACAGCCUCUGCAGAAAUAGGUUAUUAACGUUAAAGUGCUGGUCUACCCACUGGAUAAUUGUAAGAUUAUUUUUUUUUAGCUGUGUAUGUCUGCAAAGCCACUGUGCUUCGCAUGCCUAAAUUAAUCCACCUGCGCGGAUCUGCAAGACGGUGAUGGCUACAUGCAGCUUGUAGCCUCAACCUGACGCCACGUGGCCCAUCUUAAACCUCUGGUGGUGGUAAAUCGAGGUCUCUUUGAGCAGUGGUAUGCAUGGUGGAAGUAAUAGGGUUGGACAAGGGACGAUAACUUUUUUGUACGAAAGUGAAAAAAUAAGCGACUUGGUGCUUUGCUUGUGCAAAAACAAAUUUCAUUUUCUGCUGUACAUACAAACGUGGCUUGUCGCCGUAAUAUGUUCUGUGAAUCACUGAAAAGUUUGUGGGAAUUUGAUAAACGGGUGGAUUUUGCUUUUUGCAAAUAUUAAUUCGCCAUUGACUUGAGCCAGAGUAUUUAUUUGUGCUUUGUAUACGGUUUAUUUAUAAUUUUUGUCCUGCCAUGAUUUUUGUGACUACUGGAAUCUACAGACUCCCUGUGCUCCCCUCCCGUUGGUCCGAAAGAAGCAAAGCGGCGUUGCGCACAAUGUGAAAUUGACACCCCAUGUCUGUCCUUCAUUCGUCAACUGUACAAAGCUCUUAUUAAAGAAACGGUUUUCA